GCUGCACGCGCUCGAGUGGUCACAGGUGGCUAAAGUGUGGGAACACCAUAGCCUCUGAGAUUCCCACGAUCUGGCUCACCAACACAGGCCUGUCGAGCCUGUUAAUUCACUACACUCCACACCUGGGUCUGUUAUAAAAGCCCGGCCCCUUCCACACGAGCACUCAAACCUCGCUUGACUCUCGAGCAGAGAACUUGUGCUUUUAUCGCUUGUGUUUACGUUUACGUAGUAGUGUUUUGAAAUUGAAAAUGUCGUACGAAAUGAUCGCACCGACUGCCGUCGAAGAUUCGCAACCGAUUUCGCGUACUUACCAGUACCGAAAAGUGAUGAAACCGAUGUUGGAAAGAAAAAGAAGGGCCAGAAUUAAUCGCUGUCUAGAUGAACUUAAAGAACUUAUGGUUACAGCGCUUCAGAACGAAGGUGAAAAUGUCUCAAAAUUAGAAAAAGCUGACAUUUUAGAAUUAACAGUGCGUCACUUACACAAACUUAGAAGACAACAGAGAUUAUCCACAAAUCCUGUCAUCGAUGCUGACCGCUUCAGAGCUGGAUACACACAUUGUGCCAACGAAGUUUCAAGGUGUUUGGCAUCCACUCCUGGAGUCGACAUUCAGUUAGGUACCAAGUUAAUGACCCAUUUGGGUCACCGUUUGAACGAAAUGGACAAAGUGUCUCCCUUGGUUAUUCAAGUUUCUUCGCCAUACACACCCCCAGGAUCGCCAAACUUGGAAAGUGAAGUGCAACACCAUUAUACCAUGCCUUUAACACCAGCUUCUUCAAAUUCGUCGAGGUGUUCUCCAUCCCCUAAUCAGCCUAUCGACUGUUCCACUGCUGGUUUACUAAAAGUGGCCAAAAAAGAAGAAAUGUGGAGACCCUGGUGAAUAAAGACUUUAAUUAUUUUUGUAAAUAUUCAAAAAAUCUCACUUGUGUCUUUCCUUAUUUUAAAUAAUUGCUCAAAUGCUUUAAAGUUAAUUUUAAGUUAGUAUAGGGGACGAUCUCUUCCAUUUUUAAAAAGCUUUAAAUUUAAUGUUAGGGAUGAAAAUAGAUUUUUUUUAAUUUUAAUGUUUAUGAAUAAUAAAUAUAUUUUGUGAUAUUUGAAGUUGGUACCUGUGAUUAUGAAGGCAAUGUUUUAAGCAAUCUUAAUCAAAAAAAUGUUAUGACAAUAAUUAUUCUUGAAAGAAAGAUUUUUGUAAUGUGUGUAUUGCAAGCGUUACUGUGAUACAGUUUUUGUAUUUUUGAUAAAAAAAAAUACUUCCAAAAUAAAUAUUACUUGUUACAAUUA